ACACGAAAUUUGGGAUCAAGGGCACAAUCGGCGCAAUCGAUUGUACCCAUAUUGGGAUUGUUUCACCCUCAAGCACAGGCGCCACUACUCCUCUCUCACUUUUCAUGAACCGGAAAGGAUUUUACUGCCUUAAUGUAGAAGCAGUUUGUGAUCAUCGACUUCUGUUCACUGCUGUCAACGCGAGAUAUCCCGGGUCUUGCCAUGAUUCUGGUAUUUGGACCACAUCCCCAACACGUAUGCACCACAUAAGUACCUAUAACACGCAAAGUGAUUCGUGGUUGUUAGGUGACCAAGGAUAUCCAUUGGAGCCAUCGCUGUUAACGCCAGUCGCUGAACCUUCAAAUGCAAGGGAAGUGCGUUACAAUAAGUUGCACGCCAAAGCACGUAAUACCAUUGAGAGAGCCUUUGGUGUUUUGAACUCACGAUUCCGGUGCCUCUCAAAACACCGCAUUCUUCAUUACAGCCCUGAAAAGGCGUCUAUGAUUAUUUACGCGUGUACAAUUCUUCACAAAAUUUUACUGAAGCAUGGUGUGGCUGCAGACCUCGGCUUCGAAGAAGUUUUAGAAGAAUCACAAGACACCGAAAUUGUUUUCGAAAACCCCAAUUUUAGGGAGGGUGCUAGAGUAAGAGAACGUUACAUCAUGUCUUUAUAAUAUACAUGUGUAUAUAUUUCCAGUGGCGUUAUGUACCAUAAAUAUAAGUAUAUACAUAUACAUAUGUAAGUUACUUACUGUCUCUGUACAUUUUACUUCCUCUAAGUAUGAAUAAAAAGACAUCUGCAUAUGUUUAAAUAA